AUCAUCGUACGUUAGUUGCGAGUCGACAGUCAAACGAGGAGGAUAUACGUGAGCCUCCUCAUGGCUGCAUCUUUCACCCCCAACUCUGAAAAAACUAAGGUGACACACAGUUUAAUGAGCUUGACCUUGGAACUUUGGUGAACGUUAUGGAAAGGACGGUGAGCUGAAAGUGCUGGAAAAUGAACCUGAGUUGAAGGUGAAGGGGUGCACCUGGUGAUUGUUGGCAGGGUAGUGGCAUUGUGGCAUCCCUGGGGCCACCAGUAUUACACUGAUAAUUUGUCGCACAACACCUACACCAUGACUCACACCAUGUCCGUGUUCCGUGUGACCGGGAUACAGGCAAGGGGUGUUCUGUCCCUGCAGCGAACCACGUCCUUCCUCUCUACCAACCGAGUGGAGUACCGCCCUUCCACCACCUCGGAGCGAGAGAGAGCCAAGUCCGUGUCGGCGUACUACAACCAGCCUGCCGUGGAAGCCGCCGCCAAAAAGAGGACGGUGCGACUGACGCCAUCAGCGAUCCUCUACCACGGCAGGACCGAUGACGAGGCGACGACGCUGAAAAGUGCCCAGUAUCUUCAGAAAGAACUGCCUGUGAGGAUUGCCAAGCGCAUCAUGGCAUUCCGAGACCUUCCCUUCAUUGUGGGAUGCAACCCAAUCAUCUUGGGUGUGCAUGAACUCUACAUAAGGGCCUUUAACAUCCUCAACUCCUAUGAGCCCAUCAAGACUCGAGAGGAUGAGAUCAACUAUAGCAGGAAGCUGAAGGAGCUUUUGGAGGACCAUCAGGAUGUGGUGACACAACUGGCUGCUGGUUUUAGAGAAUGUAGACGUCACAUUCAGAAUGAGGAAUUGGUGGCACGGUUCCUUGACAAGACGCUCACAUCUCGUCUGGGCAUUCGCAUGUUGGCUCAGCAUCACUUGUCACUGCGGGAGAGCAAACCCAAUUAUGUAGGAAUAAUCAAUGUGACAAUGAAGCUCAAGGAAACUAUAGAACGUAGCUGUCAGUUUGUGUCACAAGUGGCAGAACACAAGUAUGGCCGAGUCCCACAACUCAAGCUUUCAGGACAUGUGAAUGCUGUCUUCCCUUACAUAGAAUUGCCAUUGGACUACAUCUUGCCUGAGAUCUUGAAGAAUGCUGUGCGAGCCACCAUUGAAAGCCAUGCAGAAUUUGAAAUGAUGCGUUUGCCGCCAAUUAACAUCACCAUUGCCUCUAAUGAAGUUGACUUCAUUAUCAGGAUUAGUGACAGGGGAGGUGGUAUUCCCCACCACUUAAUGGAGAGAGUGCUAGACUAUAACUUUACCACUGCAAAAGAGGAAAACUCUGAUUCAACACAAGAGGGGCACGUCUUCUCUGACAUGAUGGAAGCAGUAAACCCAAAUCCUGCUGGGGGACCAAUGCAUGGGUUUGGCUUUGGUCUGCCAACCUCCCGUGCUUAUGCCGAGUACAUGGGAGGCAGCCUUGAUAUUCAGGCCAUGCAGGGAAUUGGCACAGAUGUCUAUCUCCGCCUCAAACACAUUAACAGCUCCAGUGCUUCCUUCAGGAUCUGAAGAGCAGGGGUCACACUUCUAUGUGUCUCCUCCUCACUUGCAAUCCAUCAAGAUGAGGCAGGCAUGUUAUUUAUGUUCUUGUAUUCUAUUUAUUUAUUUUCAUUAGAUUUUCUGUUGUAUUUUUUGUGAUAUUUCUUUGUAUGAGUGAAAUGUAUCCAAAUAUAAAACUAGAUUUUAGGAAAACAAAUUAUCUCAGUUUUUGACAGUUUGAAAUGAGUGUCAAAGUUUCCUCUAUGAAGAGCUUACUGGGCCAAAUUGUUUUUCAAUGAGAACAAUUCACUGUUACACCAUGACUAUCAAUGUAUUUAUGGAACAAAGAUCUGAACAAAUAUAAAUUGAGAUAAGCUUACAUUGACAAUAGUUAUGUUUAUAUAAAGAUUCAUUUGAGAUCUGAGAUCAGAACAAGGUAACAGGAGCCUUACAGAAACAGAAUCCUUAUUACAGUACUUGUAUUUAAAUGUAUGUGUCUUCCCAUAAGUUUGCACUGAGUAAUGAAUGGAAAAUAGGCUUAAAAUUUGUUUAUGUGGCACAGUCCAUUUAAAUCACCAUGCUGAUCGCAAACUCAGAAUUCCUAUAAACACUCUCUCACACAUACUUCUUCCCUCUUCCAUGAAGAAGUAAGGAUAUGGCCAACUCUUCUCAAGACUGUACUUACAAGGGUUGUUGGAAAAAUUUAUUUUAUUUUUGAAAGACUGCAUGAUUUGCACCUAUGUCAGACACCCAUGACUACCUGGCUGUUCUUCCUUGCUCCUACCAUCACUCAUGCUUUGCGUUCAGCUGACCAGAUAACAUGCCAAAAUUAUAUCAGUUAAUGGACAAUGGUGUAUCAUAAUAUGCAGGGUGUGGCACAUGUUUUUUGAUGUUGAGGCCAUUGAAUGUGUUAAGAUUGGUUUCAUAUGACAACAAUGUCUUCAGGUUAUCCUACCAAUUACAUCCUCUACUGUGAAGAUGAAGACAUAUUUAUUUAACAUAUGACCUCUGCAUACAUUCCCCCAUGAAUUUGAUGGACCUAAAUGACAGAAAUGAGCAAAAUUUUAUCUUAAGCUAACCCAGAUUGUGAUGACAACUCUGUAAGAAAGUAAAAAUGCCUUUAACCCCAUAUGAGAAAGGUGCUUAAUUGAACUGACACAGAUCAGACACACAUGGUCAUUUUGUUGAGCCUAUCUAAUGAUUAUUAUUUGGAAAUAUAUAUUUUUAAGAGGAAAUUCUAAUGUUGAAUGACGUGGAAAGGAGUACAGGUUGAAAGGCCAAGGAUAAUAGUAUUUCUACAUAUCAAAGCAUCAUGGAGGUUUAAGCUAAUUAACACUUUAGGUAUCUGUACAACCAGGACUAUCCCAUUGGUGCCAGCUAUUUCCACACUUUAUCACCACAGACAAAUGCUGUUGUGGUGGAAGACAUAUAGGGGUGGGUCGUCUCCCAAGGGUGCAGGGGAUAACUGACUUAUAUAAACUACCUAAGGAUUGCUAGAUAAGAGAGACAAAGGUAUGAGAAGAUUGUCCAUCCCCCCCAUCCUUCCUAGGGACUGAACCAGGGACCUCUCAGUUGUGACCUGAAGAGAUUGCCCAUCCCUCCCAUCCCUCCUAGGGAUUGAACCAGGGGCCUCUCAAUUGUGACCUGAGCACACUGACCAUUGGAUUAGAGGAUACCUAUAAGGAUGGCACUGUUUUUAUAAGAGAAGUGUUAAUUCUGACAUAUGGAGGGUCCAUGUAUGUUGAAAGGAAAUUACUAUUAACUGAUAAUGAACAAUGAUGCACCAAAUGAUAGGAUUCAUCCAUCACACCUGAGCUACAGGCAGGCACAGAGAAGUCUUUUGGUGAUGGGGUAGAGAUGCAGCUAGAGCUGCCAUAUAUGCAAUUCAAAAUGAGUUGAUAACAAUAUUUUUAGUAUCAUUCAAAAAGAAAUCAAUAUAUUGUAGCUAAUUUUGAAAUGAGUUGUACUGAAUUUUGUAAGUUAUUUAUGAUUUUUACCCUGAUGAAAUAUUUCAGGUAUCACUAUA